GAUAAAGAUUUAUAUGUAAUUGUAUUUAUACAAUUUUAUUUUUAUAAGGUUUCUAAUUUGCUCAUGUUUAUGAUAAAGAUUUAUAUGUAAUUAUUUUAUAAAUACUUUUACACUUCCAAUACUUUGUAACUUUAAGUCAUCACCCGUGGUGGAGCCACGUUUUCAACUGAAUCCUCUUUGAAAAAUUGUACUAUGUAUAUAAGUGAAAAUCUUUUUUUUUUUUUUUUUGGUUAAUUUCGUAAAAAACUUAUUGCCUCUGCCACGGGCCAGACUUUAAAUGUUGAAAUGCUUCCUAUUACUAUUAUUUUUCUUUCUUCCGACAAAUGCUUUCUGUUAUAAAAGCAUUUAUAAACAAUAUAUUUAAUUUUGACACAAUUUCUGCUCCAAAAUAUUUUUAUUGACAGAAUGCAACAAAUUUUCACUUAAGCAUUUCGCUUUCUAUUGUUAGUUUGACUUAUAAUACUGGAUCAUUUUUCUUUGUAGAUCGAUUUGACUGGUGAUAUUUCAGGAUUAUUAUCAUCGCAUCCAAAAGUGCCAUUAAUGUCCCUUCACCAUCUUGAUUUUUUCUUGCCAAUAUUUCCUUCAAUGGACCGUACACAAUCAACAAAACACCUUAUGAAAGCAGCAAAAUUCGAUCAAUCUCGCCUGUUACAACAAACAAUAUGUCACCAUAGGGUUAGCAAUUGGACAUUUUCAAUAUCAUGGGGAUAUUCAGUUCAUAUUUACGAGAAAAUUAUGCCAAGAAGUUAUUUAAUAAACCCUAUUGAGACGUUUGACACUUGGGGUGAUGAACCUGAGAAUCCUCCAUAUUACAUGUUUAAUACAAGGUCGUAUGCAAAGGAUUAUUGUGAAAUUCCCCAUGUUUUUUUCUUAAAAUCUAUUGGGGAAACAUGGAAUAACAAUGAAAUUUGGACAACGUAUUCCCGGUCGGUGAUACGGCGGUUGCCGGGUUGUUUGGCCGACGGCAACCAUCCGGCAAAUUAUGUCAACAAGAUUCAAGUCUACUCUCCUAGAGCAAAACGUACAGACAUGGAUCGAUGUGAGUGUUGUGAUGUUAUUCACACAGUUGGCUCAAACAUGGCAAAGGUCAAAUUGAGGGAAUGCUUUACUAAUGAGAAAAUUGCUUAGUAAAAUGAUAGAACUUCAUUUUGUGAAGGGUCC